CAAUUAGUUAAUUACUUUAGUUAGGGUAAUAAAAUCGGUACAAGCAAAGACACAAAUCGAGGAGAAAACUUCCUCACUGAAAUUCCUCACAAAUUUGCUCUCUUUGUUUCCCACACACCAAUUUGUUUUUUUGUUUGGUUCGAUUGCAUUCAUCUUUUUCGAAUUUCCGAUCACUGGAUUUUCCCGUUUAAUCGGAAAAAUCCAGUGUAUUAGGUUUUGCUCAGUGUUUUCUCUUUCUGUUUCUGAAUUGCAUUCGAUGACUCUUCCGGAGGAUGAAAAACCGGUUCUUGAGCUCCGGGUGAGAGUCGAAGACGACGACAACGAUGAGAAAAAGGGUCCUUAUGUGAAAUUAAGUGAGGGUUUAAAGAAAAAACAAGAAGAAGAAGAAGAAGAAAAGAUUGAUUCGUCGCGGUUUUGGUUUUGGGUCAAGCUUUCUCUUUUAUUCGCCUUUCUUGCUACAUUGGCUGUUGUGGGUUACAUAUGGAUCGGUCCAUUGAUCAUGGAUAAGGAGCUUAUCCCGCUUAUACAAUGGGAGAUAAGAACUUUUACACAUCCUGUGUGCGGUCUUCUUGUCUUUGCGUCCGUGGCAAUAUUUCCGACUAUUCUUCUUCCAUCUACACCAUCAAUGUGGAUUGCUGGGAUGACUUUUGGUUAUGGCUAUGGGUUUCUACUCAUUAUCUCAGCUGCAGCUGUUGGUGUAUCGCUACCUUACUUUAUUGGACAACUUUUCUGCCACAAAAUUCAAGUAUGUAUCAUCCCUCAAAAACUGCUUUCAAUUAAGGGAUGGCUAGAAAGAUAUCCUGACCAAGCAGCCGUAUUAAGAGCUGCUGGUGAAGGGAAUUGGCUUCACCAAUUUCGAUUAGUAACCUUAAUCCGGAUUUCUCCAUUCCCUUACAUUCUUUAUAACUACUGUUCUGUAGCAACUCGUGUUAAGUAUGGUCCUUACAUCACAGGCUCUCUCUUAGGCAUGGUUCCUGAGGUAUUUGUCGCAAUCUACACAGGGAUUCUUGUAAGGACUUUAGCAGAAGCAUCUUCUGCAGAAAAACAGGGUCUCUCGGUAACACAAGUUAUCCUCAACAUUCUCGGCUUUUUAGCAACAGUGGCUACAACGAUUCUCAUCACAAAGUAUGCGAAAAGACAGCUGGAGACUAUGAAGAAAGAAGAGGAAGUAUUGUUGCAGUAAAACUGUAAAACCACGUGACAAACUCUGAGCUGCUUUUGUCUCUCUGCUCUUUUGUCUGAAACAUCUCUUGUCUUCUUACACAGUACAGGUCUGUUCCAAUCCAAGAUGUGAAAGAGCUUUGUUUUUUUUGUCCUUGGUUCUUUUAAUUUCUUUUAUUAACAACCUGAAAUGUGAAGGUAAAAAAAAAGGGUUAACAAGUAUGAACAGAGGAAAAAACCUAACAAUUUUUAAUGUUCUUUUUUUUUUUUGUAAUUAUUGCAGUGAAUUUUUAUGUAUGACAUGAAUGAGAAGAAUAUUUGUAUAAUUUAUCUUUCUUUUUUUA